GCGGGCCGGACGCGGGAGGGCGAGUACUGGGCGCUCUACUCGCGCGCGGUCAGCGCGCGGAUGGCGGAGCACACCCCUCCCGAGAUGCAGCGCACGCCCCUCGCCGGCCUGGUCCUCUCGAUCCUCUCGCUCGGCCUCGGCCCGCCCGGCCCCUUCCUCGCGCGCGCGCUGCAGCCGCCGAGCGCCGACGCCGUGGAGGAGUCAUGCCGCUCGCUCCGUCUCGCCGGCGCGCUCGACGCGGCGGACGCCCUCACCCCGCUCGGAGCCCACCUUGCGCGCAUGCCGCUCGACGUGCGCGUCGGAAAGAUGGUGCUGUACGGUGCGCUCCUCGGCUGCAUCGAUCCAGUGCUCACCAUCGCCGCGGCGCUCUCGACGCGCCGGUCGCCCUUCCUGACGCCCUUUGAGCAGCGCCAGGCCGCCGACGCGGCGCGCAAGCCCUUCACCGGCGAGCACUCGGACCACCUCGCGUACCUGCGCGCCUACGAGGGCUGGCGCGGCGCGAGGCGCGCCGGCGGCGGCGGCGCUGGCCGGCGCUUCUGCGACGAGCACUUCCUCUCGCACGUUGCGCUGGAGGAGCUGCACGCGCUGCGCGAGCAGCUCAGCGGCGUGCUGGCCGACCUCGGCUUCGCCAGCAGCACACGGGAGGCGAUGGAGGGCGAGGGUGAGGGGAUCGCUUCGGUCCACCACGCGUCGCUCGUGCGCGCCAUCGUGUGCGCUGGCCUCUACCCGAACGUGCUGCGCGCGAGGAUGCCCGACACGCGCUUCGUCGACACGGUGGGCGGGGCGGUGGAGGCGGAGGACGAGCGCGGGAUCGUCAAGUUCUACCUCGCGGAGCGGCGGGCGGGCGGGCGCGUCUUCCUGCAGCCGGGCUGCAGCAUCUACGCCUCGCCCAAGCUGCCCUCGGAUUGGUGCGUCUACAGCGGCAAGAGGCUGCAGGCGCCACGGCCGGGGGGCGCGGGGGUGGCGGCAGUUGCGGCUGCGGGCGACUACACGUGCGAGCGGUGCGGCGCAAAGGUUUUUGCGUCCAAGCCUGCGUGCUUCCGGUGCGGCGCACCCAAGCCGAGGGGGCCGGCGGCGGCGGCACUGGCACCGGCGGCCAAGGCGGUGGCGCCGGCGGGCGGAGACGGGAGGCUGAUUGUGCGCGACGUCACGUGCGUGUCGCCGUACGCGCUACUGCUCUUCGCGGGCGGCUCGCUCGUUGUUAACGCCGAGGCGGGCACGGUCGAGGUGGACGGCCACAUCACCAUCGCCGCCUCUGGCCGCGUCGGCGCGCUCCUGAAGCAACUGCGCGCCGAGUUGCUGUCGCUGCUCGCCAAGAAGCUAGAAGAGCCGUCGCUCUCGCUGGUGGGCAGCCCGAUCUACGAGGCGAUCGUGCGGCUGAUCACGAGUGAUGGUCUGUAAAAAAA